AGGAGGAAAGAGGCUGUCAGCCCGGCGCUGCACAAUGACAAAGUGUCGCUUUUAGAAGACAGUUGCUGGUUCAUUUGUAACUAACACGAACCCUUAAGCAACACACAAGUCCAGUCUGCGUUUUUGUGAAGCAAACUAGACUAGAAAACACCCUGAAAAGAGCGAGGAUGUUGGUCCCCGCAGGAAGAUAAUGAAGAGGCUGCGCGUUGUGUUGGUGUGCCUCAUUGUAGCUCUCCUGUGCUGGUACCCCAGUCAAUAUGUGUGUAGUUCAGAGCAAAGCUCGUCUGGCUCUGGUCAGUCUGCGGGGGAUGGAAACCUGGAGGGCCAGGAGCCGGAGCCGGAGCAGGACUCCACGCAACACAAGGUGUUGGAAGAAUGGACGACACACACAUCAUAUGAUAUGGGACUGGAGACAGAGAGAGCAGCACUAGAGAAGCUUCAAACACACAAUGUACACCAAGAACAGACUGUGAAUCCUCGGGAUGCUGUGGCGGAAGAUACCAAGCCUGACCCAGAGUCUGAUACUGUACCCGUUGCCUCUGAGCCAGAACCCCACCCAGACCCCCAGACUGAUGUGGACCUGCAGACCGCAGACACACAGGACCACGACCAGGAAGUCCCUGAGUCCUCCACUCCAGAACCAGUUCCAGCACAGGGCCAAGUCUCCGCCGACGCCCCGGCAGAGAUCGUCAGCGACCCCCCCGCCGCACACGCCGGUCUGGACUCAAACCCAGCCACAUCCCCAGAUGAAGCUGAAAACACACCUACCUCACAGAGCGCCGGUCAGACCCACACAGGUGCGGUGCGGGUUGAACUCCCAGUAGACAACUUUGUCUUUGCUGAGCACUCUGAUGCACAGUGCGGGGUCAUCCCCCCCGAACUGGCAACCUGUGAAUACCUCCCUUUUGGCAGGCCUCUCUUCAGUGUGGAUGAGGCCGGCAAAGAGGACCAGCCGUCAGACCAGAUCCAGAGUUCUGGUCCUGAAGCAGAGGUCCAGUCUACACCAGGCCACGUGGACCCGGAACAACAACAACAACAACAACAACAGAAAAAGCAGCAGCAGGAACUGGAGGAUGGGCUGACUGAUUUGGACCAGGAGGGCAACACUUCUCAACACCAACAAGAGCAGCAGGCAGGGCAUGCCAGUACAGCCAGGGAGAACGAUCCCUCAGUGCCCAGCAAAGAAGACAUCCCCACCUUCGACGAGUGGAAGAAACAAGUCAUGGAGGUGGAGAAGGAGAAGAGUCAGUCUCUCCAUACCUCAACCAGCGGCAGCCCCCAUCCGGUGAAGAAGGUCCAGAAAAACUUCAAGAAUAACUACGCCUCCGUGGAGUGUGGAGCCAAGAUCCUCUCUGCCAACAACGAGGCCAAGAGCACUUCAGCUAUUCUCAUGGAGAAUAUGGACCUUUACAUGCUAAAUCCUUGCAGCAACAAAAUAUGGUUUGUGAUAGAGCUCUGUGAGCCUAUUCAAGUCAAGCAGCUGGACAUUGCUAACUUUGAGCUCUUCUCAUCGACACCUAAAGACUUUUUAGUUUCUAUCAGUGACAGAUAUCCUACCAACAAGUGGGUAAAGCUUGGUACUUUUCAUGGCCGUGAUGAGCGCAUAGUCCAGAGCUUCCCACUGGAUGAGCAGCUCUACGCUAAAUAUGUGAAGAUGUUCAUCAAGUACAUAAAGGUUGAACUCCUCUCUCACUUUGGAUCAGAACACUUCUGUCCACUCAGUCUCAUCAGGGUGUUUGGUACCAGCAUGGUGGAGGAGUACGAGGAGAUAGCAGAUUCCCAGUACCCCUCAGAGAGACUGGAGUACUUGGAUGAAGACUUUGACUACCCACCUGGCUAUCAACCAUCAGAGGACAAGGCCUCUAAAAACCUGCUUGGCUCAGCAACCAAUGCCAUCCUAAACAUGGUAAACAACAUUGCUGCUAAUGUGCUGGGGGGCAAAGCAGAGCUGGAGGGUGGAACAGAAACGGGAGGUAAUACAACAACGGAGGUGAUUGAGAAGAAGGAGAGCACAGAAGAAACGGCUGAAACACCUCAGGACUCUGCAGUACUGGAGCCAGCAGAGCCAGAACUCCCUGCAACCCAAGAGGAGGAAGUCUCCAGUGACUCUUCCACACCUUCCCUCUCAUCCCCCGACUCCCAGGAGGACAGACAGAUUGUCACACUGGUGGAGGAGGAGGAGGAGGAGGAAGAGCCCCGACAGUCUACUGUCACCCUGAUGGAGGAGGAGGGAGAGGAGGAGGAGGAGGAGAAGAGGGAGGAGGCGACGCGGCGGGAUGCAGACAGGAACCAGUGGGACAGCCAGACUUACUGUCCUUUCUCCUCCCUCUCCCUGUCUCUGUCCUGCAUGGCCACCCUGCCGGAGCUGCUCCACCGCUGGUGCUCCGCCAGGCUGGCGAAGGAGCGACUACGCAGCCUGAGGCGGAGGCAGGUUAACGCUCAGACUCCACCCGACGCCAACACCCCUUCCCUCACAUCCACGCCUCCUCUGAUCCCCGCCCCUGUCCCCACACCGCUCAAAGAAGCUCCCCCCGUCGCAGAAAAAGCUCCAGAGCCCGAGGUUUCUGCUCAGGGCCAAAAUGAGGGAAAAACCUCGGGUGAGGUGCACGCCGCACAUCCCAACGCCACCCCCGCUGACGCACACACUCCAGAGCUCACCAUCCUCCUCGAGCCGAGCAGAACAGCCACUAUCCCCUCUAACGGUUUCUCAGACGUCCACGGCUCCCUGGCGUCGCCUACCCCCACCCACGAGGAGAAGCAGCUCCCUCCCAUUAAAGACGCAGCCCUCGACCCCGCCCCCACCCCUCCCCUCCCGGCUGUCACUGUCCCAGAGACGAAUCAGGCCGGCAUUGCCACCCCCGUUCUCACAGGCAGCCCCCCUCUUGCUGGAGCCUCUGAGACCGCCUCUCCCGGUGUUGUUGUUCCCCCCGUCAAGGAGCAGCCUGUUCAGAUUCUUCCCACCGCAUCGAGGCCCGAGGACCUCAUCCCCCCUCCCACUGAACUGCCAGUAGCUACCCCACUAACUGAUUCCCACACAGACUCUGUAAAGUUAGGCACAGACGUUGGGGACUCACAGAGACAGGGCGUCCAGGCCUCUCAGACUCAUGGGGAGCAGGGGGACUCUCUAGUUCACACCGGAGACCCCCAUCAGGAGGCUGUGGACGAGGACCUGUUGAGCACCAACGGGAACGGCAACGUCCACCGGGCGGCCACGGACUUCUACGCAGAGCUGCAGAACGGAGGGGAUUACAACGGCGGGGCGGUGAUCGGGAACGGCGUGUUGCUGAACGGGGGAACGGUGCACGGCUCCAGCCAGAAGGAGAGCGUCUUCAUGAGGCUGAACAACAGGAUCAAGGCCCUGGAGAUGAACAUGAGUCUGUCCGGCAGAUACCUGGAGGAGCUCAGCCAGAGAUACCGCAAACAGAUGGAGGAGAUGCAGAGAGCGUUCAAUAAGACCAUCAUCAAACUGCAGAACACCUCCCGCAUUGCUGAGGAGCAGGACCAGAGACAGACCGAGUCCAUCCAGUUCCUGCAGAGCCAGCUGGAGAACGUCACUAAGCUGAUGCUCAAUCUCACCACCACAGUUGGCCAGCUUCAGAGAGAGGUAUCGGACCGUCAGAGCUACCUGGUGGUCUCUCUGGUCCUGUGUCUCUCUCUGGGCCUCCUGCUGUGUCUGCAGUGCUGCUGCAGCUCCUCCCCCCCCCCCACCAUCGCUGCUGCCCUGCCCAAGAGCAACCACUACCCCAGCCCCAAGAGAUGCUUCUCCUCCUACGACGACAUGAGCCUGAAGCGCAGGGUGACCUGUCCGCUUGUUCGCUCCAAGUCGUUCCACUUGUCCUCUACAGAAGUAGGUCCCGAUGACUUGUACAUUGUAGAACCUCUAAGGUUUUCUCCAGAGAAAAAGAAAAAGCGCUGCAAGUCAAAGUCGUUGGACAAAGUUGAGCUCCUGAAGCUGGCUGAUCCCUCGGCUCCGCUCACAAACGGGGCUCUGAACUGCAACGGCUUCCAGCCAUGCCUCCCCGCGCCACCUCCUCCCCCACCUCCACCUCCACCUCCACCACCUCCUUCUCUCCCACCUCCACCCCCUCCACCCUCUGCGGAAGAGGUGUCAUCACUGCCCACUUGCACCUCCAAGGAGUUCCCCUCAGAGACCAGCAGCUGCAGCUCGUCCACCCACUCCGAGGAGUCCUACACGGGCCGACCCCGCCCUCCCUCCCCCCCCGCCCCCGCCGGCCUGUGCAACGGACACCGCCUGCCUUUCUCCCUCCAGCUGACCCCCGCCAAGUCGCGGCAGGAGAGGCGUUCGGUGAAGCGGCGCAAGUCGCGGCAGACGGAGGAGCUGCAGUUCCCUGCCAUGCAGGUAGGCGUGGCCUCUCUGCCCAGCCUGCAGCAGCUCAUGAAGGGAAACAAGGAGAUCAGUGUGGGGACCAUCGGGGUGACGGCGGUCACCGGACACGUCUGAACACUCAUUUUUACACAACUUUCUAUAUUUCACACACGCACUAUAAAGGUAGCAGACUUGUGAGGAGGUGAGAUCGAAACUGCGACCCAAAGAACCACGUUUUCCCAUGAGCACCAAGGUCGCGCCGUGGAAUUGAGGUGGCUGCAGCAGUGACAUCAUCCGCUCCUCAUCCACUCCUGUCAUAAAGAGCUGUUUACGGUUACGUGCCUUUAUAUUUGUUCUAGAUCUUUUAAAUGCUAAAGAAAUAUGAAUUUAAAGACACAGAGAGACACUGUGGUGGAACAUUAACACAAGUCCAUUGAAAUGUGUUUGAGAUUUAUUUUUUUUCCUUGACUGGAUAAGCACAUUGUCCCAUGACGGCUGAGUACCAGUAAGUUUUUAAACCCAGUCUGAGCACAGUGAGGAGAGGAGCCGACCUCAGCUCUAUGUUCCUUCAGGAAGGGAGGGACAUCAAGAAGUAUUAGGCUGCUGGAGAACUGUGGAGCAUGACAAACUACUUCUCUUAUCCUUAUUUCCUUCUGUCUUUCAUUGCCAUCUCUUUCUUAAAUCCAUUCUAUCUUUGUAUUCCAUCCUAACACGACUGCAGGUGUUUGUAAUGGGACCAGGGCGCUCAUCUCUCAUCGUACACCAGACUUCUUAUUCUCUUUCUCCGUCUCCGCCAGUCUGUUUCCAAACCAACCACCAGAGCUGAAUGAAGAACAGGAUUUUUACAUGUCCGAAUGCGUUUAACGUCCCAUUUAACCCUCAUAUUACACAAUGAAAAACAACGGCAACAGUUGUUGUAGAUCCUACGAGUUCACAAUGAACUGUCCUGACUCCGUUAGUUUGGGCUGGCCCCGAAGAGCUCACACACACACACACACACACACACACACACACACACACACACACACACAC